AUUGUUUGAUCGAGUUGAGAUCGGUUUCGGUUCGGGAGGUGUGUUUUCUUUUGUUCCUGGAUUGGGCAUGAUCCAGGAUAACACAUGGUGCUUCAAAGGAUAACAAGGAUUUUUCGAACAAAUGUGCAUAUGAACUGUUUCAACAGGGCGGAUGUUGAUAAUAGAAAGGGAAUAAGUGACAACUGAAGAAGGACAUUGUGGAAAAACAGUGAGAAGAAUUUCAAAAAGCUGAAAAGUCAACGAUCAUUGAUUGUUUUGAGAGGUGGCUUCCCGUAACACUUGGGGUGACCCCUGGCGAGUGGAGUGCAUCUUUAACCAGUUAGCGCAUCAAUAGCCAGAAAUGAUGCUGAAACUGCUGAUAGCGGCGUGCUUGGUAUCGCACGGUCUUGGACGACCCGAUGUUUCACACAUUUUGAAGCAGGAAAACCAACGCCAGAACGACAGGGCCUUCCAUCCGCUGGAUUACCUCAGUCGGCAGUUGGGCAAAGGUGGCGAGUUUGAAGCCCGUGCUGCCACCGCGAGUGAGUACAAUGUGUUCGAUUAUUUAACUGCUUUUAAUGAAACGGAAAUUAACGGUCUUGAAGGCAGAUCAUCACCUCCCAUUGGCGGUAGACGGGCUGGUAGCAGAGCUUUUAGGAAUGUCGUUAAACCCUCUCCAUUCAAGAAGAACACUGCUGAAUUUGGCUACACCUAUGAGAAACCAUCCGAUCCAUUUGACUUCCCGAUCAAUCCAGAUGCUAACUUGAUUAAGCCAGUAUCAACUCAAGCUCCGGAAUAUCUGCCUCCGGUGACACAAAGUCCUCCAACACCUGCAGAUGUACAAUCUUCGGUUUCCGGAAUAUCUUCUUCGCCAUCGUACCCUGAAUUGGUACCUGGUUCAGCAAAUACCGAAAGGCCUCAGAGACCAAUUGAAUCUACAUCUACGCAAGGAUCAGUAGCAAGUGUUGGAACUAGCACUUCCUCUCCUACACCAGGAUCGGAGACACCUAGUUUUCCUGGUAUGUCACAAUCCCCACAGAACGGUUACAGCCCACCAGGACCCACAUCUAGUCCAGUAGACUUGACUACUGGAUACCAACAAGGAUCUACUGCCGAUGAUGAAUUUACAGGAUAUCCUCCAGCAUCUUCUCCUGAGCCCGGUCUUUCUUCAAGUGUUUAUCCUCCGGAAUCAAGGCCUAGUAUUAUCCCAGGAAGUCCAGUAUCAACGACUUUUCCACAGGAAACUCCUACGAGUACUUCCCAACAGCCUGAAUCUCAAGUAACCACCGAAAGUGGAUUUACUGGUUAUCCUCCGUAUAAGCCUAGUUCAGAAUCUACACCAAGACCUUCUCCGUCAUCAACCGAUUAUCCACAAACAUCCUCUAGCUUACCAGGUCAACAACCAUCGACCACACCGGGAUUCACUGGGUAUCCUGAAAGUUUCAGCUCAACAGUAUCGCCUGAUCAAGAUUCUGGAACUACUACCUCUCCAACUGGUUAUCCACAAGGGCCAAGCGAACAACCAGAAAUCGGAUUUACUGGAUAUCCUCAAGGACCAAGUUCAACAGUUUCACCUGGAGAAACUAGUACAGCUUUAACGGAAUCUGAAACGACUACAGAAAAAGAAAUUGGUGGAUAUCCACAGGGUCCAUUCUCACCAAACGCUAUAACCGAAAGUCCCAUUACCGAUUCCACCCCGGCUUUGCUCACAACCGGGGGUACUCAACCAGGUAAACCAGUGCUUCCACCCAACCUAAAUGAGGUGCUUGGAGAGCCCUUCGACAUCAACGAUCUUGCCACUACUACGCAGCCAACAACCACCACUACUCCAAAAACGGCCGAUGGAUCCUUCAUUCCUCCAAAACCUCGCCCGGAGUUGGUUGUUCCGAAUGCACCGAGUGCCUCGCCGAUCCCUGAUCAAACUGAAAGACCCGCAACUCAACCAACACAAUUGACAACACAGGCAGCCUUGCCUGGACAACCAUCUUCCACUUCUGCUCCAGAAUACCUGCCACCGGAUAGUGAUAGUCCUCAGAGUCCUCAAACAGGUCCUUCAACUACUGGUUUUGGAACCAGCGAAUCUGUUACUACAGAAGCCAACUAUCCAAGUUCUAGUCUAGAAACCACAACAUUUGCCGGCUAUCCGAGUUUCGAUCGCGAUACAACGACUUCCACCCGCUAUCCAGUUGUAGGUCAAGACACUUCAACUACUGUGGGUUAUGCUAGUCAGGAAACCACAACCUUUGCGGGUUAUCCAGAAUCUGAUCGUGAAACCACGACUACGUCAAGUUAUUUGGGCCCAAAUCAGGAAGCUUCCACAUCUUCUAACUACCCAAGUUCCGAUCGUGAUACCACAACUCCUGUUAGCUACCCAAAACCAGUUCAAGAAGCUUCUCCUGAUUUAGGAUACCCUGUUUCCAAUGGUAAUCGUACGACUACGUCAAGCUAUCCUAGUGCAGGACCAGAAACUUCAACAGCUGCUGGAUAUCCUAGUCCGGAUAGUGCAACGCAGGUUGUUCAAGAAACCACAACAGCCACAGAUUUCUCAAGUGCGAGUCAGGAAACCACGACCUCUUCUAGGUACCCGAGUGAAGAGACCAUAACUACUUCUAGACCAGAAACAACCACCUUUGGUGGCUAUCCAAAUGCACAGGGAUCCACAACCACUGGUGCUGCUGAAUACACCACAGUAUCUACGAUAGGUCUAGAAUAUUCUACGGGUCAGCCGUCAACUUCAAAACCACUUGAUGGGGCUCAACCAUACCCAAUGGGUCCUGGCUCAGACCAAUCUUCCGGGCCAAUGUCUACCGCAGCUCCUGAGUAUCUUCCACCAGAAGAUGAUAACUCCACCAGUCAGUAUUAUCCACCUGCGACCAGCCCGGCAGUAGAAUUCACUUCAAGCGUUCCGGAGUACCGUCCAGAGCAGCCUGUUCGCCCCUCAAUUCCUUCCGACAGUCAAGUUAAUCAGGCUGUCCCCGCAAGUCCUGAUUAUACCGAGCCACCAACAGAUGAACAACAACCUGAACAACCGGAAACUCCCAUCAACAUAAUGGAAAUGAUCAACGCAAUCAAUGGCCUUGUUCCUGGCAAUAGCUAUCUACCGCCAUCUUCAAUUAACAUGUCUGAUCUGCGAAUCGUGGUUGAUGACACGCCGUCUUCCGAUCCAAUCCAAACCCCUCCCAGCAGUCCCAGUGGGCCGGCAUCGGAAGCGGAAGCCGACGGGUCUGAGGUGCAGCCUAGGGUGGCCUUGGCAGAAUCUACCAGCAAAGGCUACAACUAUCAAGUACCGGAGGAACGGUUACCUGUUCCAGUAAUACCUUCGCAUACGCUCGACGACGAGGGCUACCACUACAAAAUCCCAAAAGUUCCUUUCCUCACCUAGGUUUAUUGAAUUAGUUGUGUAAUUGUUACGUAAUUAGGAAGCUCUUUGAAUAAUUAAUCAUCAUGACAUCCCCAUCGUUCUGAAUACCUUCGGACAUUUUCGGACCGAUACAUGUGACGACUAGGACAUGGCAACCUGCCAAACUGACGCCACGUGGAAAGGUUUAAUUUAUUUAUUUUGUUUUUCAUCGGUCACCUCUCCAUUCUACUGAAUUUCUCAUCUGCCAUCAUUAGGGAUCUGUGUCGUUUAGCUAUUGCGGUUUUUUUUGGGGAAUGGUGGGUUGCGAAUGGCAUACUAAGCAUAUGACGACGGUGGAUAAUGAACCUGCCUGUUUGGGGCCCGAUGGCGUUAUAUAAUAAUUCGAAGGGUUGCGAAUCGAACGGGUUUGCCGGGGUCACAGUAGUUUGGUGCCAUCUUCGGCGCUAUGUUUUCGGGGUCUUGUUGUUCUCUGCGAGAAAAAAGAUGGCUUGGCAGCGUUUGAUGUUGUCGCGCUGGAUACGAAUGUGAAUAUGGAGAGAAGGUUUGGUUGAUGAUGAUAAUAAGGUUUGCAAAACUUCACACAUUACUUUCGAAAACCAGUACUUUACUCAAGAUUUAUUUUUCUUAUUUAUGUUUGAAAAAGAACUUUUUGUGCUUAUAAUGACACUUUAGUAAAAAGCUGGGAGCAAAAAGUUUAACCUCUUGUUUUUCGUUAGACAGUAAUGUUAAUAAUGAAAUUAUUAACUAUGCUAGAAAUAUAAUUUAUAAGAUUCAGACAUACUUUCUUUCUUCUUGGCAUUAACGUCAUCACUGGGACAGAGCCUGCUUCUCAGCUUGUGUUCUUAUGAGC